ACCCAAUGUCGUUCUCACCGGAGGGGUUUUGAUUCUACUCGAUAACCAGAGAGGUGGUUUCUAUUCAUCGUCACUGCAGCACAGACUGCAUCCCCCACAUCUGAGGCAGCCACUCCAUUUCCCUGCUAGUGCCAUGCGCUUCGUGGCUUUGCCAAGUGGAAGGUAACUUAUUCGCCCAUCUUUUUGCCCCUUUUGAUCCGCAACCAUGUCUGAGGAAAGUGAGCCAAAGCACUUCCUGUACUCAACCCUGGAGGGGCUGGAAAGGAACCGGGAAAGGGUCGUCUUUCAGCUGGAGGGAGAGGACGUCUCCAUCAGCCAACGUCACCGCAUGGCCAACAGAUACAAAAAGGGGUGCGGCGGGCGGGACGGGGUCCAACUGGACGCCGAGGGGAGCGACAGCAGCAGCCACGAGCGCCCGGCCUCGCCGGGCUCCCCGCACAAAGACAGGAAGCGACCGCGUCCGCCCUUACACGAGGAUGUGGAGAUGGGGGGCUCGAGUGGGAGCGGGACAGAGUCCCACGGCAACGAGUCCCACGGCAACGAGUCCCACGGCAAUGAGUCCGUGGGCAGCUCGAGCGGCAACGGCAAGGAUUCCGCUUUAAUGGAGUCCUCGGGCAGCAACAAGAGCUCAAACUCUCACAGCCCGUCGCCGCCGAGCAGCUCCAACGCCUUCAGUCUGGUGAGCUCCGAGCAGGACAACCCUUCCACCAGCGGCUGCAGCAGCGAACAGUCGGCCAAAGCUAAGACACAGAAGGAGCUCUUCAAGACCCUGAAGGAGCUGAAGAUGCACUUGCCGUCGGAAAAGCGGAGCAAGGGCAAGCCCAGCACCGUCAAGGCGCUGAAAUAUGCGCUGCGAUGUGUCAAACAGGUGAAAGCUAAUGAGGAAUACUAUCAGAUGCUGAUGAUUAAUGACAGCCAGCCGCCCGGGUUUGAUGUUUCGUCCUACACCAUCGAGGAGAUCAACAGCAUCACCUCUGAAUACACCCUUAAAAACAAUGAUAUUUUUGCUGUAGCCGUCUCGCUCGUCACGGGGAAGAUUGUUUACAUCUCGGACCAGGCGGCGUCCAUCUUGAACUGCAAGCGGGAAGUGUUUAACAAUGCCAAGUUUGUGGAGUUCCUGACGCCUCAGGACGUCAGUGUGUUCUACAGCUUCACCACGCCCUACCGCCUGCCCUCAUGGAGCAUGUGCACCGGAGCAGACUCGUCACCCACAGAGUGCAUGCAGGAGAAAUCCUUCUUUUGCCGCAUCAGUGGUGGUAAGGAGCGUGAAGGAGAUCUGCAGUACUAUCCUUUCUGCAUGACUCCAUACCUGAUGAAAGUCCAGGAUGCUGAGCUGGGUGAGGAGCAGUUCUGCUGCCUCCUGCUGGCCGAGAGGGUGCACUCUGGUUACGAAGCACCCAGAAUCCCCGAUGACAAGCGCGUCUUCACCACCACACACACACCUGACUGUGUGUUCCAGGAUGUGGAUGAGAGGGCUGUUCCCCUGUUGGGUUACCUCCCUCAGGACCUGAUCGGGACUCCUGUGCUGCUCAAUCUGCACCCAAGUGACCGACCGUUGAUGCUCGCCGUGCAUCGGAAAAUUCUAAAGUAUGUGGGUCAGCCAUUCGAUCACUCCUCGAUCCGUUUCUGUGCGCGAAACGGCGAGUACGUCACCAUCGACACCAGCUGGUCCAGCUUCGUCAACCCCUGGAGCCGCAAGGUCUCCUUUGUCAUCGGCAGGCACAAAGUCCGCAUGGGUCCUGUGAAUGAAGAUGUUUUUGCAGCACCAGCUUUUCAUGGAGGGAAGAUCAUGGACUCCGACAUCCAGGAAAUUAGUGAACAGAUCCACAGGCUGCUACUCCAACCGGUCCACAACAUGGGCUCUAGUGGUUAUGGUAGCCACGGCAGCAACGGUUCCCACGAGCAGCUGGUGAACAUCAGCUCGUCCAGGGAGAGCAACAUGAACACGGCGGAGGAGGCAAACAAGGCCAAGCCCCCCAGGACGUUCAAGGAGAUUUGUAAAGGGGUCCACAUGCUGAAGAACCAGGACUCCCAGGUCGGCCUGCGCUCCCCGCCUCCUUCACCGUCGCCAUCCAAGCCGGAGCAGAAGAAGACCGCUGACACCUCAGCAGCAGCUCAGAAGAGUCCAGCGAUGCGUCUGAAAGACUCGGCGCCCCCUCUGCAGGUCAGAGACGGUACUGCAGCCAGCAUUGAGGACUUCACAUGGAGAGACCAGACUGUCUGCUCCUACCAGCAGAUCAGCUGCCUCGACAGUGUCAUCAGGUACCUGGAGAGUUGUAACAUCCCCAUCACAGCGAAGAGGAAGUACCAGUUCUCCACUAACACCAACACGACCUCCUCCGACUCGGAUGACGACAAGAAGGGCUCAGAGGAUUGCAUGCAGGUGUCUCAGGACACAAACCAAGACUCUUUGAUGCUCGGCGCCCAGCCAGGCCUGUCGAACAUGAAAGCACCUAAGAAGCCUUCAUCUGGGACAGCGGCUGUGGUGGGAGGCCACCCGGCACCGCUCACCCUGCCCAGCAAGGCCGAGAGCGUGGUGUCCAUCACCUCACAGUGCAGCUACAGCAGCACCAUCGUCCACGUGGGAGACAAGAAGCCUCAGCCAGAGUCUGAGAUUAUCGAGGACGUGGCAGAGAGCCCCGUGCCCCCGGCUCUGCAUGUCAGCGUGGUGUCCCCCCCCAGCCAGGAGGAGGAGGCCUACAAGUGGGUGGGACUGACCAGGCAGGUGCUGGCUGCACACACCCAGAAAGAAGAGCAGGCCUUCCUCCACCGCUGCCGAGAGCUCCACAACGCCAAGACCCUCCAGAAGGACUGUUUCACAUAUCUGCACAAGCAGAGAGGUCCAGCUAACGCUGAAGAAUCAUCCGCGCUACGAGGUGCAACCAAACAUGGCACUACCAGACCCGAGACGACCGCCAAGAGAGGCAACCGCAACAGGAAGUCCAAGAAGCCGCGGAUGAAGCAUCCCGACUCGUCAGACAGCGCCGCAUCAAACCGCAAACCCCGGCCCCCUCUCCAGGGCCUCAACCAAACCUCGUGGUCCCUGUCAGAAGCAUCCCAGUCGGCUUUUAACGUCUCCUACCCAGCCAUGGUGCCCGCCUACCCGCUCUACCCCCCUGCACCUGCGGCCUCGGCUCAGGCCCCCCGCACUGACCCCUCCCUGUCCACAGGCUUUGGAGAGGGACAGAGCACCCAAGCCCCACCUACUGCCGCUCCAUUUGGUGCACCCAUUGUGACACCCGUGGUGGCUCUGGUGCUACCCAAUUACCUCUUCCCCCAAAUAGGACAGUUGGGUCAGAUCGGGCCGCUGGGGGCCCAGACGCAACCUGCGUACGCCACUCAGCAGGCCUUUCAGCCCCCACAGCCCGCGUUCGCCAUGCAAACACAGCCCCCCUACACCGGCCAACCGCCGUUCCCCGUGCAGACUGCCUUUACCCCCCAGACCCCCUUCAAUACCCUGCAGCCUUUCCAGACCACACAGACCCCCUUUAGUACAGCACAGCCCUUCCAAACCACACAGACCCCCUUCACUACAGCACAGCCCUUCCAAACCACACAGACCCCCUUCACUACAGCACAGCCUUUCCAGACCACACAGACCCCCUUUAGUACAGCGCAGCCUUUCCAAACCACACAGACCCCCUUUAGUACAGCGCAGCCUUUCCAAACCACACAGACCCCCUUUAGUACAGCGCAGCCUUUCCAAACCACACAGACCCCCUUCACUACAGCGCAGCCUUUCGAGGGCCCUCAGGCUGCCUAUACUCAGACUGCCUACACUACCCAGCAGCCUUUUGCUGCACAGCCUUCUUUCCCGGUGCAGACUCAGUUCGUGACUCAAGUCCCGUACCCAGCUCAGCCGUUCCCCUACAGCCUAGCCCUCGGGCCACACAAAUCCAUGGCCGCGGAUCUUCGAGAGGGGGCGGCGUCACGCUCCUCCACGCCGGCCUCUGGAGCGCGGGAGCCGACCACGUCGCCGCCGCUGUUCGAGUCGCGGUGCAGCUCGCCCCUGCAGCUCAAUCUGCUAAGCAUGGAGGAGGGACAUCGCUCAGUGGAACGGCAGGAUAGCACAGCACCGCUUGCUGGAUGCCAGGGCAACGGCUCAGCAGCAGCCUCAGGGGCAGCUGGAGCAGCCGGGGAGAAGAUCGGAGGCACAGCCAAGACCGAGAACCACCAACAGGAGGAGUCUCCAGGAGAUGGGGCUCAGAGUGACGGUAACUCCUCAUCCUGCGACUUGCUGGACAUCCUGCUGCAGGAGGACUCCCACUCCGGGACCGGAUCAGCCACCUCCGGCUCCACGGGCUCUGGAUCUGGCUCAGGCUGCAACGGCAGCGGCACAUCAGCUAGUGGAGCUUCUGGCAGCAGAACAGGGAGCAGCAACACCAGCAAAUACUUCAGCAGCAUCGACUCUCUGGAACACGACCACAAGGCCAAAGCCAAGAUGAGAGGUGAAGGAGACUCUGAGGACGGCCCGUCGCAGACCAAGUUCUUAACCCAAGGCGACAAAGACCAUUUCAUCAAAUACGUUCUCCAGGAGCCCCUCUGGCUGCUGAUGGCCAAUGCUGACAAGAAGGUCAUGAUGACGUAUCAAAUGCCACCCAGGGACAUUCAGAGGGUUCUGCGAGAAGACAAAGAGAGGCUGAGGCAGAUGCUCAAGAGCCAGCCUCACUUCUCCUCCGACCAGCGGCGAGAGCUAGUGGAGGAACACCCCUGGAUGAGGAGGGGGGGUCUGCCUGCUGCCAUCAAUGUGAAGGAGUGCGUGUACUGCGAGGACGCAGCGGCGGCCCCCAACAAGGAGAACCUGCCCCACAUGGACAUGGGCGAGCUCGGAGAGGAGCUGAGCCGCGAGGGCCAGAAGGCCCAGAGCCUAGCGGAGAAGUCUCACCCUCAACCAGACACCGGCUCCUGAACACACACACAAACACGCCGCCAGCAGGGGGACACACUCGACCAGGAAUGGACCUUCGAGCAGAACAGAGGACAUGUGCCUCUCUUGUGUGAGUUGUGCAGAGGACUGCUGCUGAUGUGCAGUUCUUAAUCUGCCCUUACAGGGGGCAGUAGCACUUUAUGAGGGUCUUUGUAUGCAUGAACCUCAUAUAGUACUUUUGCCAGCUCACACACACACACACACACACACACACACCAAAAGGAUCUGGGCCCAGCCUGAGUGGUUGGUGACUGUUUAGCCUCCCAGAUUUUUUUUAUUUUAAUUUCAUUGUCUCUUUGACAGAGGCAGGACUUUAAUAGAUAAUGAGUAUCUUACAAACAUCUGAUGAAUAUAUGUGAUGUCAAAGAAUUUUGACAAAAAAAUAGUGUUUUCUUGUUUGCCACGUGGUGUCAUUCAAGUCCCUUAAACCCCCUUUUGUUUUCAUAUUUUUAAUUAUGUAGAAUGCAUGUGGUGCACAGUGGAUGAUGUAGUCCUGGUCAAAGGGCAGGGACCCCCACUUUUGUAUCACUGAAGAGUUUUUAUCCCCCACUCCCCUCUGACCUGGGUACUUGCCUUAUCUAGGCACGGGGCCGUGGUUGCACUCGACUCAACAGCCAACACACUGACACGUGGGCUGAUAGUGACUUUCCUCAACAGUGACAAUCUGAUAGAUAGCGCAAGCUAUUCAUUCAACUUAAAAUCGUAUUUAUUUCCUACCAGAUAAUAUAUCUAGAAUAGAUUGUUUGAAGCUAAAGCCAAAUACAAUCAGCUGAAAGACAGUAUUUACAUGUUCACCGUUUACAGGCAUUGACAAUUCACUCUACAGGAUAUUAAGGUAAUUUUACUUUGACAAAUACGACGUGGAACCAGCUAGUGCAUUUAACAGAAGAACCUCAACGUGUUGUAGGCCUCUGCAGACCUUAAAGCGGCACAGGUGCUAUGAACAAGUGUGCGUCAUCACAGGUGGAGAAGAUGCUGAAAUACUUUCUGUUAUAUGAAAAGCAGCAGACAGUUGAAACAUGAGAAGUGAGAGGUUGAGAGGACGGCGGUUAUCCUUUUUCCAUCGAGGCUUCAAAUCAACGUCAAAGCCAAAGAAAUGUUUUAAUUGUAUUUUAUUCAAACGGCAUUUCACCUCCAAAAAGUGUUGAGUGAUAUUAUUUUUCUGUCGCCGGGGACUUUAUACAUUAUGCAAAAACGACAGAUCACUAUUUCGAAGCUGUUGCGUGAGUGUUAAACACCUAAAUGUAGGACAACGGUGGGAAAACAGCAUUUCACUUGUAGCACAGCAGGCGACCAUGUUGCCUAAAUAACCUUCUGUAGAAGCCUAGGUUACACAGGAAGUGGCGACAUGCAUGCAUCAGGAACCAUGCAAGCCCGCUCGGCGUAAAAUAUUAAGGAAACCGGUCGGCAUGUAGUUGAGGUAAACAAUGGGAGAACUGGGAACAACUGUGUAGCUACGACAGAGGAACUGUUGAGGCAGUGAAUGUAACACAGACUGGACCAGAAGCUUCUCUCUGGCUACGUUUGUUCCACGAUUGUAUUUUUAUUUUCUUACUUUUCUUUUUCUUUGUUCUAUUUUCUAUUUUGUUUUGUUGGUGAAAGAAAGAGCUUUUUGAUUGUAAUUGGGGAUGGACCCUACCUCUUAAAACAAACCAGGUCAUGUUACUGUAAGCAGAACAUGUGUAUGUAUGUAUGUGGGCAAAACGCAAUGGACCGAGCGGUCAGAUACUUGAGUGAUUCCGGGCUUGUACAGAGAGUCUCUGCCUUAGACUGCCAGGUGUUUGUGGACAUUACACAGUGGACGGGCGCCUGUCACCACCUCGCUCACCUGUGUUCAACCCAUUAAGAACACCAGAAUGAAUGCUGAGAGUAAGCCAGAGAAUAUUUAAGCCUUACUUUCUCAAAAGGCCUCGCACAGAGGGAAUCCAUUUUUUAAAUGAGUUAUGCACCGGUGGGCCGUUGGAAGCAGCACCCUGAUCUGUACUGGCGCGUGAUGUCGGUCCUGUAAAUUAGUUUCAUCGCCACCGUACCGAGUAUGUGGUGUGUUAAACUGGCACAGUUCUGUGCAUUUAUUUUUGUAGGUAAAAAAAAUGAUGUAUUGUUUGAACAACAACGUUGUAAUAA